GGUCAAAGAUCAGAGAGCCGUCUUUCCGUUGGCCAUGGUGCAGCUCCGGCCGCGCUCGUCGCGUAUUCCUGCGCCGGCUGAGGCGAUGGUGGACGAGGACCAGGCGGCCUCGGAGGAGGAGGAAGCGGAGCACGGCUUGCUGCUCGCGCAGCCUAGCAGCGGCGCGGCCGCCGAGCCACUGGACGAGGAGGAGGACGGAGACGAUGAAGCCCCGGAGGAGCUAACUUUCGCUAGCGCCCAGGCGGAAGCCAGGGAGGAGGAGCUGCGCGUGCGCGAGAGUGCUCGCAGGGAUAAAACGCUGUUGAAGCAGAAGAGGAAGCGGCGGGAGGAGCUGUUCAUCGAACAGAAGAAAAGAAAGCUGCUUCCAGAUGCUGUUUUAGAGCAGCUGACUACAGCUUCAGUGCCUGACAUAAAGAAAUCACCAGGGAAGGUAGAAGUUAAUUUGGAAAAGAAAAAUGAACAGCAUGCAAAAGGAAGAAACUCCAAGAAAGUUAAAAUACAGAAAGUGCAGUCUGUUGGUCAGACUAAAAGCUACGUGGCUGUAAGGCUUAAAGAUGAAGAUCUGAGAGAUUCAAGGCAAGAAGCAGCCAAACACUUCAUCCACAAUUGUUUAUAUGGUUCAGAAUCCAAGAGGACUACUGUAAACAAGUUCCUGUCUCUGAACAAUAAGAGAUCACCAGUGAAAAAGGCCGCAGCCCAGUUUCUGAAUGGCACCUGGGGUGCUCAGAAACAACAAAAUGCCAAGAGGUUUAAAAAACGGUGGAUGGCCAGAAAGAUGAAAAAGAAAACCUAUAAGUGAAUCAAAAGUAAAGUUAAAUAAAGAACCUGAAAUAAAGUUAAAUAAAGAACCUGUAUUUUGUA